AGAGGGAGUGAUGAGGAGGGAUGGGUGGAGAGGAGAGAAAGCAACUGUUCUGUCUCAGCAGCAUUCAACAGUGAAGAGAGGGAGAGAUAGAGACGAAAGAGAGGGAGAGAUAGAGACGAAAGAGAGAGUGAGAGAGAGAGAGAUAUAGACGCGUCUGCAUGUGAAAGAACAGAUGAAUAAGCUCAGCGUCACGAAAGCAGAAGCCUACAGUGGAUUUACCUACAGCACACAGGUGAGAGAGUGAGGAAGAGUCCUGCUUGUGAAAGAGAGAGAGAGAGACCAACACCAGUUCACCUGGAGAAACAACACAACACCAAGACAAGACAUGGGACAGGUGAGCACCUGUGAGGACGGAUGAAAGCAGAGAACAGAAAAGGAUAAAAGGCUGAAACCACAGCAAGAGCUGAGUUUAUCAUCCUAGGAUCAGGAAUCUGGACUGGAAUAAGAGCAUCCUUACUCUCUUCCUUCAGCUCAGAGUCCCAGCGCCAAGAGUGAAGGAGGGACUCUAUGGGGGACGCCCUGAUGCCCCCCGGCCAGCCAGGGCUAAGGACAGAGUGAGAGAAAGAGAGAAAUCGGGAAAGAGAGAGAGUUUUUUUUCCAGGGAAUCGUUGGGAUAACUCUGGAAGCCCGGCGCCAUGCCGGUGAUGAAGGGGCUCCUGGCCCCCCAGAACACCUUCUUGGAUACCAUUGCUACACGCUUCGAUGGAACCCACAGCAACUUCCUGCUGGGCAACGCUCAGGGUCACCGUGGUUACCCCAUUGUGUACUGUUCAGAUGGGUUCUGCGAGCUGACGGGCUUUGUGAGGACGGAGGUGAUGCAGAAGAACUGCAGCUGCCGCUUCCUGUACGGCCCCGGCACCAGCGAGCACGUCGCCCAGGGCAUGGAGAAAGCGCUGGAGGGCAAAGAGGAGUACCAGGCCGAGGUCCAGUUCUACAAGAAAAACGGAACCUCGUUCUGGUGUCUGCUGGAUAUCGUGCCCAUUAAGAACGAAAAGGGGGAGAUGGUGCUCUUCCUGUUCUCCUUCAAAGACAUCACAGACACACAUGGCAAGGGCCACCACAGCAGCAGGAGAGACGAAGAGAAACGUCAGAGCAGGAAGAGUGGGAGCUCUCGGUUGAGUGAGGCCCGGCGGAGAGGGCGUACCGUGCUCUGCCACAUCACCAGCCAGUUCUCCCGCGGUGGCAAGAACGAUGUCAACCUGAGUGGGAAUAUGUUUGAGAAGCCGUCGCUUCCCGAAUACAAAGUGGCAGCCGUACAGAAGUCCCGCUUCAUCCUGCUCCAUUACAGCAUCUCCAAGGCAUUGUGGGACUGGAUGAUCCUAUUGGCCACUUUCUACGUCGCCGUGACGGUGCCAUACAACGUGUGUUUCACGCCCUACAACGAGCUGGACACCACAGCCAGGAGCACCAUCGUCAGCGAUAUCGCUGUGGAGAUGCUGUUCAUUCUAGAUAUCAUCCUCAACUUCCGCACCACUUACGUGAGCCAGUCGGGUCAGGUGGUCUACGACUCCAGGUCCAUCUGCAUCCACUAUGCAGCCACCUGGUUCUUUGUAGAUUUGGUGGCUGCGUUGCCCUUUGACCUCCUGUAUGCAUUCAACAUCACUGUUACAUCCCUGGUGCACCUGCUGAAGACGGUGCGUCUGCUGCGGUUGCUGCGUCUGCUGCAGAAGCUGGACCGCUACUCUCAGUACAGUGCUAUGGUGCUCACUCUGCUCAUGUCCAUGUUUGCUCUGCUCGCUCACUGGAUGGCCUGUAUCUGGUACGUCAUUGGCCGGAAGGAGAUGGAGCGCCACCAAACCACGAGCUGGGACAUCGGCUGGCUGCACGAGCUGGGGAGGCGUUUGGAGACCCCUUACCAUAACAGCACGGUUGGCGGCCCCUCGGUUCGGAGUGCCUACAUCGCCUCACUUUACUUCACCCUCAGCAGCCUCACCAGCGUGGGCUUCGGGAACGUCUGCGCGAAUACAGACGCUGAGAAGAUCUUCUCUAUCUGCACCAUGCUCAUCGGGGCUCUCAUGCACGCCGUAGUGUUUGGAAACGUGACGGCCAUCAUCCAGCGCAUGUACUCCCGCCGCUCGCUGUACCACACGCGCAUGAAGGACCUGAAGGACUUCAUACGCGUCCACCGGCUUCCUCAGCAGCUGAAGCAGCGUAUGCUCGAGUACUUCCAGACCACCUGGUCCGUCAACAACGGCAUUGACGCCAACGAGCUUCUUCAUGACUUCCCGGACGAGCUGCGGGCCGACAUCGCCAUGCACCUGAACAAGGACAUCCUGCAGCUGCCGGUGUUCGAGGGGGCGAGCCGGGGUUGCCUGCGUUCUCUCUCUCUUCACAUUAAAACCUCAUUCUGCGCACCGGGGGAGUACCUCAUCCGCCAGGGCGACGCCCUGCACGCCAACUACUUUGUGUGCUCCGGGUCACUGGAGGUUCUGAAGGACAGCAUGGUACUCGCCAUACUCGGAAAGGGGGACCUGAUUGGCUCAGACCUUCCAGGGCAAGAUCACGUGAUCAAAACCAACGCAGACGUGAAGGCGCUCACCUACUGUGACCUGCAGUACAUCAGUGUGAAGGGCUUAAGAGAGGUCUUAGAGCUGUACCCUGAAUACGCCAGCGUAUUCACUGCUGACAUCCACCACAACCUCACCUACAACCUGAGAGAGGGCAGCGAGGCUGAGGGUCUCACGAGAUUUUCACGCUCUCCCAGAUUCCCUCAUAAUAAUCGGGUGGACUGCAGCGCAUCCACAGACAGCAAGCUUCCCUCCAUCGUUGAAAGCAGCAGUGACCCGGAUGAUUAUUAUCACCUGUCCCCGGCUUCACGGUCUCGCCGGAACCUUCUCCUGCCCAGCCUGAACAGCCCUGUGCGCCGCACAUCUCUAGGGAACCUCCUGGGCGACGAGCUCCGGCAGUUUAACGCCCUCCGGCGCUGCCGCUCCCCCGUCAGAGGCAGCUGUAUCAGCCCCUCGCCCAAACCACCGGCCAAACUAGACCACCAGCCGCAUACCGCACCCUCUUCCCCACCUAAUACCACACACAGUGCCCAGAGUCAGGCGGGCAGUGCGGCACGCAAACCCACCAAGCUGCUCAUCCCCACCAUCAGCUGCCUCAGACCCCCUGACCUCAGCCCAAGGGUGGUUGACGGGAUAGAGGAUAAUGGGCGAGUGUUUCACUUCAAUGCCGAGCACAGUGGGAGCAACACCAGCGCGAUGGAAUCCAGAGAUUCUGUUCAGGUGAACACCACCCUGCUCCAGGAGACUGAAGAAGUGAGGCAGAGCAUCGGUCAACUCAACAAAAAGAUGGGCAGCCUGAACCAGGAGGUUGCUCAGCUAACCAAGGACCUGCACCACAUGAUGCAUCUUCUGCAAGCACAAGUGGCUGUUCAUCACUAUACAGCCUCACUGUCCUCCUACCCUUACGGUGUGCACAUGAUGUCCAACCCAGCUACCAGCACUGCUCUGGCCUACAGCAUGGGCCCCAGCAUGCACCUGCACCAGGAGGCCCAUGGCCAUCAUCAUCAGGUGGACCACACAGUCUCGGAGAACGUCGGCAACCUCGGGGCCAGUGCGUGGAACCACAGCGGAGCACAUGGUGCUGCUAAUGCAAGUGUUCAGGAACAGUCAGAAGGUCAAGCACACUUCAACCCUCUCUCUGAUCCUCUUCAUCAGCCUCCUGGUAGCCCUGAUCCUGGAUCCUCUAAAUGGACCUCCACCACCUCCUACUACACCCCUCACCAACAUUCCCUCACCAGCUCUACUCUCCUCAGAAUCAGCCCAGGUCCUCACGGUGUGGAAGCACAGGGUACUCAAACAGGGCUCGAGGACCACGCACCACCCCUUAGCGUCUUCACCGGGAGCGGAGGCCUUGCUAACAUUAGCCGCUCACAGCCCAUUUUGUGUUCUGUGCCUCAACAGAACUUGGACUACUCGCACUUACUGUCCAGCGCACCAACGUCCACGCAUUCCCUCCUGAUGGCCAGCCGCCCAUAUCCAAACCUCAAGCCGUCUGCUGAGCCCGCCAUGCCCCACUCAGCCCCGGCUCUGAGCGAACUCAACCUGAGCUCUGCGGUCGCCCACAGCGACCGAAACAUCCCGGACACCUCGAGCCUCCUGGACGAGGACAUUGAAGAAGAUUGCGUCCUUCUGUCAGACCGUUCCCCUCCUCCUCCGAGGCUGGAUUCUGCUUCUGUGGACCUUCCUAUGGGGGACUUGAGCCACGUAGGCCACACAAGUCGCGAGUGCCUGCUGACCGAGCAAGGGUCAAUGGAGAGCCAGGACAGCGAGAUGUCCGAAUCCAGGUCUAGGAGGUCCAGCACUGGGGCGCCGUCUCAAACCCAAAGCUCUGAAACCUCCUGGUGCCUGGACCUCAUGGAUUGAACAUACCUUUAUGUCCAAAAGUAUCUAGAAACUCGUAAAAUUUGGGAUAUCCACAAAGUUCUUCGCUAAAGUGGAUGUUAGAACAGUAUGGAGAGUCCCCAAAAGUUCACAACACCCAAAGUCAAACAUAAGCUAGAUGGUUAUGAAGCUCGCCAGCGCUGGGCUGGAUUCUUUGGAGUAAUGAAGCUCCAGUGAAUACCUGCAAAAGUAUUUAUACCCACUGAUUUAUUUUAUUUUACAAUUAGUUCAUUUAAAAUGAUAAACCAACACAAAGUGAAACAUAACUGUGAAGUGGAACGAAAUAUUAUGUGGUUUUCAAAGUGUUCAGUCCUAUCAAUACUUAGUAGAGCCACCUUUCGUUGCAAUUACUGCCUCAAGCCUUUUGAGGUGUGUCUCUACCAGCUUUGUGCAUCUCCAGACUACAGAGAUUUUUGCCAAUUCUUCUUUUGUAAAACAGCUCAAGCUCAAGACAGGUUGGACGGAGAGCGUCUGUUAAAUGCAAUUUUUAUUUCUUGCCUCAGAAGCUCAAUGGCAGGGGAUGUAAACAAAUUUAUAAAAAAAAUAGCCUUUAAAAACCCAUUUAAACAUGCAUAUGUAUGCAAAGUGAAUUUAAGAGCAACUGAAUUUGGAGAAACUGAAGAGGUGCAUGACAAGUGCAUGUAUAAAAGUUUCUACAAAAAAAAUUAAGUAUCAAAACUAAACAAAAUAAAUUAGGCCACAAAAUCACAUAUUUCACUUCUUUGCAUAUCUCCCUUAAUUCUCUCUACCCCCCCCCCCCCCCCACACACACACACACACAAAAAGUACAAAAUCAGAUGAGAAUUUAUUUAUUUUUUUAUUCUUAAAAUGUAUUUUAUGUAUUUUUUCAAGCUGUCUGCAAUCCGCCCAGAAUGUUUUGGGCCGACCCCACCAGUUAAGAAUUGCUACUCUAUGGGAAAUAAGGGCAGAACUUUGACUGCGCCAUUCACUAAACCAUUCCACUGUAGCUCUGGCUAAACUGUAUCAUGUGGAUUUCUGCAGCUCCUCCAGAGUGACCAUGGUCCUUUUGGCUGCUUCUCUGACUAGUGUUCUCCUUGCUUGAUCUGGCAGUUGUAGAAUACUUUUUGCGUUGGACAAUAAAUUAAACAGUUCUCAUUGGCAUGCUCAAAUCUUGGAGCUUGGGAUAUGUUUUUAUAUCCUAACCCUGCUUUAAACUUCUCCUUCUUUAAACUUUAUCUCUGACCUGUCUGCGGAGUUUGCUUGGUCUUGGUCAUGAUGCUGUUUGUUGGAGGCAGGUAAUUGCACUAGAGUUUUGUUUUUGCACUGGAUUUAAUUUAGGGGUUUCAGAGUAAAGGGGGCUGAAUACUUUAGCGCUUCACUCUUUGCAGGUUUUUAUUUGAUUAAGGUUUUGAAAACCAUGUAUCACUUUCGUGCCACUUACUUAUUAAUUAUUAUGUCCCACUUUGUGUUGCUCUAUCACUUAAAAUCUUGAUAAAAUACAUCAAGUUUUAAGUUUGCGGUUGUGAGGUGACAAAAUGUGAAAACGUUCAAGGGGUGUAAAAACUUUUGCAAGCCACUGUGAUUAGCAAAAAAUCAACAAUGCUUUUGUACCUGAACAAAAUAAAAUAAAAAAAAUAAUCCAAGAAUCAAAGAAGUAGCAUUCCAGCUUUCUAGAAAGACUUUCUAGGAAUUUUUAAUCUGGACUAGCCGCAAACGUUGAGGGCAAUCUAGGUACUUUUGGACGUAUAGUUUAUCAUGGGGGCUCUGACCAACACUCCCAAUUCAAUUCAAUGCAGACUAACUUUAUAUCCAGAGCUCCUGGGUUUGCAGUGAUUGUUUUGCAGGUCUGAGAAGUGGCUUGGAUAUAACCUGGGAUCGCUUGUUCGGUCCCAUCCCUGCAAACGACUGUAAAACUAUGCAAGACGCAUGUCAAUUGUGCAUUAUUACUUAUUUAUUUAAUCAAUGCUCAGUAUACCACAACAUAGCUAGCCUUUAAUAUUGCAUAUUUGCCGUGGUUAACUGAAAGCGAAUGAUAAUAAAUUAUCCAGGGUGUUCUUUUUGGGCAUUUUGUAUAGAGGAUUGCUGAUAUAAACAAUCCGUUGUAGCAUUGGACUGUAGCAUUCACUAGUUACACCAGACUAGGUGCGCCUUCGCAUUAACCCACAUAUUCGUUUCUCGUAGGAGUAGUUUAACAUUCUGUAUUUCUCUUACCUUCUUGCAUGGUAAAGUUAUUCAUUCUUUUUCCUAAGGAAAAGGUAUUCAACUGAAAUGUGUUAACAUUACAAUUGUUGAAAAGUCGGAGCUCUGAAAAAAGAAAAACAAGCGCUUUGCCAGGGUCACGUGCGCCGUCUGAAUUAGUCUAUUUCUGAGAAAAAGACUUAAAGUUAGGUUCAAAUUCCCACAGGCUUUGAAAACAGGUAGACCUGUAGAUAUGCAGACAUCAAUCAAAAUGUGCAAAGACAGAUUUUACUGAACUUUCAGGAAUGCUUUAUAAUACAGCCCACAAGAGUGUAAGUUCCUUUAACUUCUAUGUAUUAACCAGUACAUGCAAAAUACUUAAGAGUUCUUACUGGUACAUAUUUACGUUUGCAUUUACAUUUAAGGCAUUUAGCAGACGCCCUUAUCCAGAGCUAGAGAGCAAAGCCAAUUGCACUCUCUCUGGGCUCCAGCAGCUGAUGGCAAGCUGCAUGACCGGGAUUCGAUAGUUACUGAGACAAUUUGUUUAUGCUUGUUAUGAAGAAAAUGGCUAUAAAACAUAAAUUUAGGUACAAACAAAGAAAUGAGAACAGACAAUUCUAACAAAAUUUAAUGUGUAGCUGUUGGCAAGCUGAACGACUGGGAUUCAAUAGUUACUAAGACUGAGAUUUUUUUACGCUUGUUGUGAAGAAAAUGGCCAUAAAAGAUAAAUGUGGGUACAAAUAAAGAAAUGAGAACUGAUAAUUAUAUCAUAGUUUAAUGUGUAAUUUCAAUGUUUUAUGGCCAUUUUAUUCACAACAAGCAUGAAAAAUAUUGCCUCAGUAACUAUUGAAUCCCGGUCAUGCAGCUUGCCAUCAGCUGCUGGAGCCCUGAGAAAGGGCAAUUGGGUGGGUAGAUGGCGCUCUCUCCCCACAUUACUCCAAAGGGUGAUGUCGAUCAGCACUAGGCAUCUGUAAGCUGAUGUAUCGGAAUCGAGUCGCUGCGCUUUCCUCUGAGCGCACUGUGAUGCUACACAGCAAUGCUAAAACAUAAAAUAACAUAAAAUAAAGCUUCUCAUUACAGAGGAAUUAAGGAACUGACAAUAAUAAUUAAUUGCUGGUAUGCCUGCCUUCACCAUCCUUUCUGAAGACAUGCGAUGAUCUCAAGUUAACUAGUUAAGCAGCAGCUAGGUUGCUGAACUAGUUAUAUCUGUAUCGGGUGUUAAUGGGGAGGAUUUUACUCAAAAACAAGAGGUAAGGGUACAAAAGAGAAAUGGGAUAGGGCCUUAAAAAGUUCAUUUUUGUAACUUCCCUGUUUGAACCAGUAAAUAUUUACAAAAUAUUUACCAGGUUGUAAUGGUACUUAAAUGUAUCUACAGCACUCAAAAAGUACAAUCAGAUACAAGAGAGUAACAAUUAGGUAACUUUCUGACAUUGCCAUGUGAUUUAACAAACUUGAAGUAUAAUUUUCUUGUAUGUGUUUUUUUAUAUACAGUAUAUAUUGUUUAAAUAAUACUUUUGCCCUGGGGCUCCGAGUGGUCUGGCACUGGCACUAUGAUUCGAAUCCCACACUGGUUGCCAUUAGCUGAGAGAGCACAAUUGGCCUUGCUCUCUCUGGGGUGGGUAGAUGGCGCUCUAUCUCCACUUCACUCAAAAGGGUGAUGUCGCUCAGCACAAGGCUGCAUCUGUGAGCUGAUGUUUUGGAACCGCAUCGCUGCGCUUUCCUCCGAGCAUGCUGUGAUGCUACUCGGCAUUUCAAAAAUCGAGUAUCUGACUUUACAUGUAUCGGAGGAGAUAAAAUAAAAUAAUAUACUUUUACCUUUUGUUAAUGGCAGUUAGGUUGGCUUUAUUCCAUUCGCACUCCAGAAAUGUAUUAUGCUUAUGCCUUAUAUAAAUAAUAAAAUCAUAAUUGGCUUUGUCCAGUACUUCAGCUGCUCAAAACUGUCAGGCUGAAGUAGGAAGAAAAUGUUAUGGACAGUUAUAGUAGGGUUGUAAUGUCAUGAAAUUACAUGUUAAAUGUUGAAAAAAGUUACCCAAUUGUUACUCUCUUAUUCCUGGUUGUCCCCUUUUCUUUAUUUGUACCUACAUUUAAGUAUCAUGUAGGCACUUAAGACCCGGCAAGUAUUUUGUAUGUUCUGGUUCAUACACUUUAAGUCUAUAAUUACACUAUAAGUUUAUACACUAUAUAGAAGUUCCACUAUAAGUUAGGGGAAUUUACACUCUAAAACGUGGGCUGUCUUAUAAAAUGCUACCGAAUUUUCACUACAGUACUUCUACUUUCAAAUGCAUGAAUUGGGGAUCUCCAUUAAUGGUGAGACAUUUUUAACAUGAACUAACAAACCACAGAUAUUUAGGCUAGAAUUGUCUAUACUUUUGACCUUUUUAGAAAAGUUUUAAAAGGAGCUACUUCCACCAAAUCCAUCUACUUUUUGUUCCAUCAAACUCGAGCAUUCAGGACUAUAAACGUAAAUAAAGUUAUUUAGAGAGUAUUCCUCAAAUUUGCAAAUCUGCAACAGUUUUUUUUUUUAAUUGUAGAAGAUUUUGAGACAUUAAAAUCUGCAUCAAAAUUACAAAUACUACAAAGGGUUCUUCAAGCGAUGCCAUAGAAGAUCCGCUCUUGGUUUUAAAAGAAAGCCUGUAGUGAUGUUUUUUAAGGUUAAAAUCACCACCCUACACAAAUAAUUGGUACCACAUUAAAAUAAGACUACCUUUAUAAAGGGUUUAUAAAUGGUUUACAAUUAGUUUAUUAAUAGUUACUAAUUAGGUUGUACAUGCCUUAAAAUCAUUAAUAAUCAGUCAUAACACAUACGUAGAAAAGGCAACAAUAUAGAUGGCUGUGGGUUCACUUUUUGGCAAACAACAGGUCAUAGUUGCCCUUUCUACGUAUGUGUUAUAACUGAUUAUUAAUGAUUUUAAGGCAUUUACAACUUAAUUAGUAACCAUUAAUAAACUCAUUGUAAACCAUUUAUAAACCCUUUAUAAAGGUAGUCUUUUUUUAAAGUGGUACCAAAUAAUAAUAUGUCCUACCGAUACAGUCCCCUGUUUGUGGAACAUGAUUCAGAUGUAAGAGUAAAAGCACUGGCCGAAUGCCCUAAAUGUGAUUAAAAAUACCUUUUUACA